UAAUCCUUAUGUUUCUUUUCCACAGAGUUAUACUUACAUGUCUUCAGGCUGGGUUGAUGUGCAAGGAUCCAGGAACAGAGAAUGUGCCACCAGAUGACUUUACACUAAAACUUCUAAACGAGUUGAGAAGAGUAUCAAUAUUUACAGAGGAAAUAAUAGAACUAACCAAAAAGGCAGUGAGCUACGUACAAACUUCAGGGCAGCCACCUUCCAAAGUGGCAUCUAAAGGAGAUAAAAUUGUUAUGUGGGCAAUGGAAGAUGAGGACUCUUAUCCCAUGAAUGACGUUUUGACACAAAACACAGAUAUACCUGUAAACAUUUCCAGUUUUCUGUUCCGAAGCCUACAGAAACAAGGAACACUAGAAACAAACUUGGCACUUUUGGUUACACGCCUUACGGAUAACAUAUACUGGUGGCGUACGUCGGAUAUCAGAUCAGAUUUUAUAUCAAUUUCUCUUAACCAGCACUUUCAACAUAAAAUAAAUGCAGUAACAGAACUUACUACACCUCUCGACUUUAAAGUUAAAUUAAACAAAGACGUGGAGAGUGUUACAGUUACUGGUAUCACCACUCAGUUAGAUCCCAAUAUGACCGAACUGGAUCUGGAACUAACACUAAAUAUCCAUAGAAUCGACUGUCCUUCCAGAAGCCUUACGUCAAUUAAGUUUAACUUCCCUCCAACUAACGCUUCCUUGCGAGCAAGUAUAUUUAGUUAUACAUAG